AAACAGGUAGUCGAGCGGUUCGAUGCCCAGUGGGGACAGCUUGACUAUAGACAGUCGAGCAGUCCACUAACAUCCCGAACUAGCCGUACUAGCAGUUCACACAUUAGUGUGAGCUGUGAAAUCAGCUGAAGAGGAAUCAAGUUGACUUGCUCUUGUUUUUGACCUUUUUCGUGAAGAGGACAGUAAACUUGUAGCUGGUUAUAUUUAUAACAUAUAGAUCAUUGAUUCAUCGUUCAACAUGCGAAGAAUAUGGCAAGCCUUCAUUGUAGCUUGUGUGAUUUAUGUCUCCAUUUGUGAUGCUGCGCAAACCUCUGGUAAAAAAGGAAAACGCAAGCUAAACUUGCCUGACACUAAUACAGAUAUGAGUGCGAGGAGAACGACGCGUGCAGGCACCUGGUACGCAGACAAUGCUCCAAUACUCAACCAGCAACUACAGACAUGGCUGGAUCAGGCGCCGGUAUUACAUUCUCCUGCUCGUGCUAUCAUAGCGCCGCACGCAGGUUAUAGGGCUUGUGGGGCAUGUUCUGCUUUCGCCUACAGACAAAUUGACCCAACCAAUGUGAAGCGCUUGUUUAUCCUCGCUCCGUCGCACCGUGGGCGGGUGUCUGGCUGUGGGUUGUCAUCCUGCUCUACAUACAAAAAUCCACUAUAUGAUCUUACCAUUGACAAGCAGGUUUAUGAACACCUCAACGCGACGGGUUCGUUUGAGACGUUCUCACGUUCUAUAGACGAAAAGGAGCACAGCAUUGAAAUGCAGUUGCCUUACAUUGCGAAAGUCAUGGAAAAAUACGAGGGGUCAUUCACUAUUGUGCCAGUGCUGGUCGGACGUUUGAAUCUAACACGUCAGCAAGAGUACGGGGAGAUCUUUGCUCCCUACCUUGCCAACCCUGAGAACCUGUUCGUCAUCUCGUCAGAUUUCUGGCACUGGGGGAAGAAAUUCAAUUAUACUUACCAUGACCCGGCCUAUGGCGAGAUCUACCAGUUCAUUGAGCAUCUUGACAGAAUGGCAAUGGACUUGAUAGAGAAUCUCGAUCCAGUUGGCUUUGCAAACGAGCCGGAGCUCCGUGGAAAAACAAUAUGUGGUAGAAACGCUAUUGGAAUUUUACUCUACGCCGUCAAUACGCUGCGUCGUAACACCGCUAACGAACUGAAGCCGACGCUGAGGUUUCUCAACUACGCACAGAAUCGUCGGUGCACCAGCAUGAAUGAUACUUGCGUCAGCUAUGCAUGUGGAGCCCUCACCAUGCAGUAGUCGCUAUACUGUAGUGCUCCUAAAGCUGGCAGCUACUGGGAUUCAGGCGUUAACUGCUUAAAGUGAUUACGUCACCGUAAAUAGUAAAAA